UAUAUAUUUUUAUUUUUUAUUAUAUGACCCGUUCGACCAGUUAACCCAACGGUUGAACCAGUGAACUAUUGACCCGGUCCCCUUGCCGGUUUGAUGACCGGUCCGGUUCUGAUAACAUUGGGGUGGAGGAUGAAAACAGUUAAAGGAAAGGAUUAGUAAUUUAGGGAGAUCAUAUAAAAAUUACACCAAACUUCGAAUGUAAAGAUUUUAAUUUUUGCUCUGUCAGGGAGGGGAUAUGGUCCCCCAGCCUCCGUCCGUGCUUGGUGGUGCCACCAAUUGAGGACAAAAGAUGGGAAAUAUUCCAAGAUGGCUAGGUCAAGUGUGACAUAAGACCUAUGGAUGUGGCCAUGUGGAUUGAGUCAUCUGAUUUAAAUUGGUGAUGAUGUGAGGACAAGAUUGAGGAUUAAAAACUAUUUAGGAACGAAGAAUAAGGAUGUUAUCACAAAGCAUACGGCUCUAGAUAGGGCUAAAUGAUUAAAAAUGGCUUGUGUAACCAACCUUAAUUGAUUGAGGUUCAAGGCUUUGCCUAGUCAAGUUGAACUGCUUUGCUUGUGAAGGUUUUAUUGUACUGAUCAAUGUUUCUAUUUAUGGUUUAAACUUUAAACCAGUCUUGAAAUCUUUAGCUAAGAUUCACAUAUCUAAUAGGUCCUAAUACUGUAGUACUUUUCCAAGCUAACAAAGUUUAAUGCCUUCAAUGCACCAAACAUUUACCUGCAGUUGGAUCUUCAGUAUCCUCACUAUCUGGAUUAUAUACAACUGCAAUGAAAGCCGCAGGAGCAAGUAGGAGAGUUUUUCAGCUUUUAGAUCGCGUCUCCAGCAUGCCAACUUCAGGAGAUAAAUGCCCUAUUGGCAAUCCCGAUGGGGAUGUCGAAUUAGAUGAUGUUUGGUUUUCUUACCCUUCUCGCCCGAGUCAUAUGGUGCUCAAGGGGAUAUCACUAAAACUGAGACCUGGUUCAAAAGUUGCCCUUGUUGGUCCAAGUGGUGGUGGAAAAACCACAAUAGCUAACCUGAUCGAAAGGUUUUAUGACCCGCUCAAGGGAAAGAUUUUGUUGAAUGGGGUCUCCCUAGUAGAAAUAUCUCAUGACUACUUACACAGAAAGGUCAGUAUAGUGAGCCAGGAACCUGUUCUUUUCAACUGUUCCAUCGAAGAGAACAUUGCUUACGGGAUUAAUGGCAAAGCCAGCAGUGCUGAGAUUGAAAAUGUGGCU